CGGUGGUUGCCAUUAUCAUUCCUCCGCCGGUCGCGAUCCACUUCCUCAGAACCACCUCGUCAAUCCGCCUCCGGACCCUUUCUAUGCGCCAGGAGCGAUCAUGGCAGCGACACAAAAGCUAUACCCACGCGCAACCGUCAAACGCGUUGUCAAGGCUCACUCCAACCGCAACUUGAGCAAAAAUGCCGAUAUCCUGAUCUUCCUCGAUUACAUGCUGUUUAUGCAAGAGUUGAUGCGGGAGUCAUCGAUUCAGUCGCGGAAAGCGGGCGAGAAGAACAUCUCGCCAAACAGUGUUCGGAAGGUGACUGAGAGGACCCUUCGGAAGUUCAAAGGAUAAGCUUGUGUGCACUGUGGGAUUCGGCUUUAUUCUCCGGGCUACUAUACAGCAUGGCGGAUAUCGAUCGACUUGCCUCUUGGAUGAGACUCAAACUAUACGGCGUUGGAGAGGGGGAAAGGUCAUCGUAGUGUUCUUUAUUUUGGAGUCUAUUUUUGUCU